AAAAGGAAGCGAAUUGUAUUCACUUCCUGUGUAGGUUUCUGAGUUCGUGGUGUCGAUGGGUGACCACAGCGAUGUCGUCUCCUGGUUUUCACAUCCUGUGUACUCUAGGUACUGGCAGCACUACCAGCAGGCUAUGGUCUGGCUGCAGAGGCACCGACGAGCCUACGGAAAGGCCAUGGAAGCGUUUCACGGCGCGUCCGUACCCCAGCGUUACGCAGACUGGCACGUUGGCGAGGACAGGGGCGGCUCGCUGAGGGAAGGUGCCAGGCCGCGAGCAGCUCGGUACCCUGGGCCCCAGCAGAGCAGCUCCGAUAGCGAGUCAGAAAGUGAAAUCGAGUGCGACGUUAGCAACAUGGAGAUCACGGAGGAGCUGCGGCAGUAUUUCACCCAGACAGAGCAACACCGGGAAGAGCUCAGGAAACUACAGCAGCUGGAGGCGGAGCGACAGGGCCCUUACCUGCAGGCUGACCAUGACCUUCACAGAGUUCACAUGUAUGGGGCUGGGCCACCCCUGGAGAGACCGGGAGAGAGACGUGGGGUGGAGAUGAAGAAGCUGUACGGAGAGGACGCCGCCAAGAUCCAGGGCAUGGAGACCGCUAUGCAACUAACCUUUGACCGCAAAUGCGACAAGAAGCAGCCCAAGUACUGGCCUGUCAUCCCCCUCAGGCUGUAGGGCUACACCCCUGCUUCUGAGGGCGUGUAAGCUGUGCACACCUGUCAGGCAGCUGAAGCCACAGUGUGAGAAGACUUCCAGCCAUCUUCUAACCUUGUAGUAAAUCAUAGCUCACGAGUAAUUUUUGUAAAUAUGAGACACUUCUUAGCCUUCCUCUACUAGGUUUUGUAGUUACCUUGUGUUUUCAUGUACAUUUUGACUGCGUCGCCUUCAUGUGUAGCCAGCUGAUGUAUAUACAAUGGUGCUCACCGCCUAGUGAAUUGUCUAAGUGCUACUGAAGCACAGUGGGCAAGAUUUAUGAACGAAAAUUCUUAGUGUGUUUUGUUUGCAUGAUGUGCACUUAGACGAAGCCAGAGCCUGUAAGCCAUAUGGUGUCAGUGGAUCUGGCUUCACAUGGCCUCCUUUGGGUCGUAAGGAAUGGCUGUAAAAUAAGCAGAUGAUCUUUGUUUUGUCAGCUUCAGAAGUGAAGUCAAAACUGUUUCAGUUCCACCACAUACUCCUUCCUCCUGUGGUGUCUUCGAAUGUUUCAGAUGGUUAGUGAUGUUGCUUUCAGUCCUCCAUCUGCUUCAUCUUUUUUUUUUUUGUAAUAAAUCGGGCCGUUCUUGAAUUUUGA